AAACAUUGAACCGAUAGAAGAAAGCGAAAAUCUACUCAUUUUCAACAAAAAUAAAUAUUUUAAAGACUUUUCCAAGGCAGUUGCCAAUUUAAACUUGAACAUAAAUGUUGUAAGUUGUAAUUGUUUCUUAAAAGUAUUGAAUUUUUAGUGGAUUAAGUUAAGUUCAACGUAAAAGAAUCUUUCCGGUGAAAUUGUACAAACAUGACAAACAAUACAAUAAUAUCAAUUGACAUUGAAUGGGGACAUGAACGAUUAGUAAGAGCACAACAAACCGUUGAACUACGUCCUUAUGAUAUUGAGUCUUGGUCUGUUUUGCUACGAGAAGCUCAAAGUCGUGGAGUUAAUGAAGUUCGAUCACUUUACGAAUCACUUACCACGGUCUUCCCAACGACAGCACGCUACUGGAAGAUUUACAUUGAACAAGAAAUGAAAGCACGCAAUUAUGAGAGAGUCGAAAAACUUUUCCAACGAUGUUUAGUUAAGAUUUUGAACAUAGAUUUAUGGAAAUUGUAUCUGACAUAUGUGAAAGAGACAAAAUCUGGAUUGAGCACUCAUAAAGAAAAGCUUGCACAGGCUUAUGAUUUUGCUUUAGAAAAGAUUGGCAUGGAUCUUCAUUCGUUUUCCAUCUGGUCCGAUUACGUUUCGUUUCUGAAGAGCUUCGAACCCAUAGGAAGCUUCGCAGAAAAUCAAAAGAUCACUGCCAUUCGUAAAGUCUACCAAAAAGCUGUCCUCACACCAAUCAUCGGUAUUGAAGUCUUGUGGAAAGAAUACAUUCAAUUUGAACACAACAUUAAUCCUGUCAUAUCUGAAAAGAUGAGUUUGGAACGAUCAAGAGAUUACAUGAAUGCUCGUCGAGUUGCUAAAGAGCUUGAAAAUGUCACCAAAGGACUGAAUCGUAAUUUGCCAGCUGUGCCACCCACAUUGACAAAAGAAGAGUUUAAACAGGUCGAAUUAUGGCGGAAAUUCAUUAAUUUCGAAAAACAAAAUCCACUAAGAAGUGAAGACACAGCUUUAGUGUCACGACGUGUUAUGUUUGCUACAGAACAAUGUCUUCUUGUUUUAAGCCAUCAUCCAGAUGUUUGGAUUAUGGCCGCACAAUAUUUAGAUCAGACUGCAAAGCAUCUCACUGAAAAAGCCGAUACAAAUGCAGCAAAAAUAUUCUAUGAUGAAGUCGCAAACAUUUUAGAACGAGCGACGACUGGUGUACUAAGUCGAAAUGCUUUGCUUUACUUUGCAUUUGCUGACUUUGAAGAAGGUCGCUUAAAGUAUGAAAAGGUUCAUCAAAUGUACAAUAAAUUUUUGUCAAUUAGCGAUAUUGAUCCGACAUUGGCUUAUGUUCAAUACAUGAAAUUCACAAGACGUGCCGAGGGCAUCAAGUCAGCUCGUGCCGUCUUCAAAAAAGCACGCGAAGAUAUUCGUUCACGCUAUCAUGUGUUUGUUGCUGCUGCUUUAAUGGAAUAUUAUUGUAGUAAAGAUAAAGAUAUCGCAUUUCGAAUUUUUGAGCUUGGAUUGAAACGUUUCGGUGGCAGUCCCGAAUAUGUUAUGUGCUACAUCGACUACUUGUCACAUCUCAAUGAAGACAACAACACAAGAGUUCUCUUCGAGAGAGUUUUGUCAUCAGGUGGACUAACAAAUCAACUUUCCGUUGAAGUUUGGAACAAAUUUCUUGAGUUCGAAUCAAACAUUGGAGAUUUGUCAUCAAUUGUAAAGGUCGAAAGACGUCGCAGUGCUGUUCUCGAAAACUUGAAGGAAUAUGAAGGUAAAGAAACUGCACAACUCAUCGAUCGCUACAAAUUUUUGGAUUUAUUUCCUUGCACAACUUCGGAACUUCGAUCGAUCGGUUAUCAUGACAUUAUAGCGCUAACAGCAGGAACAAAAGUUCCACAACAAAAUCAAGAUGAUGGAGAUGAAUCACAAAAAGUUUUACCACGACCUGACUUCUCACAAAUGAUUCCAUUUAAGCCAAAAUCAAAUGCUUAUCCUGGUGAACAUCCCAUGGGUGGUGGAAGUUUUCCACAGCCACCGGCCCUUGCAGCACUGUGUGCAAUGCUUCCACCUCCAACAUGCUUUAGAGGCCCAUUUGUAGCUGUUGAUAAACUUAUCGAUGUCUUCAACCGAAUUAAAAUUGAUCCUCCAGUUCCUGUCGUUGACAAUGGUAUGGAGACAAAACUAUUCGACUUAGCCAAAUCAGUUCAUUGGAUUGUUGACGAUAGCAGUUACACUAAUGAUGGUGGUGGUAAGAGAAGACGUCUUUUGCCUGGUGGUGGAGAUGAUUCUGAUGAUGAAAACACUGCUGCACCUCCAACUCAUGAUAUUUAUAGGCUGAGACAGCAAAAGAGAUUUAAUAAAAACCGUGACGACGAGUAUAUUUCAGUUGAGUCGAGUGAUGAUGAAAUUCAAUCAAAAGGAAAUAAAAAAGUCGAUAAACCUCGUGCAGAUUCUGAAACAGAUACUGGAGAUUCUUCUAUCGAAGAAGCAAACCCAGGACCAAGUAAACGAGUUCGCGAAGUCAAACGAUCGCGUAAAAAUUCGAAAGCGUAUCUCAACAAAGAACUGAAAAAUAUCAGAAAUGGGACACAUCCAAUGUCUAAAUAUCUUCAAAGACUUAUUGCUAUACAACAAAAUUGGAUAAAAGAGUCUGAGUGUGCUGAAGGGGAAAAUGUCUUGAAAAAAGAAGCAACAAAAGAAAAUGAAGACACUGAAGAUUCUUCGAACGAAGAAGCAAACCCAGGACCAAGUAGACGAGUAGUCCAUAAAAUCAAUCGGUAUUCAAACAAAGCAGUAAACCCAAGAACAAGUAGUUUUGUAGUUCAUGCAAGAAAUCGAUUGCGUAAAAAUGCAAUAGCACUUCUCAAAAAAGAACAGGAAAAAGUCAUAAAUGGAACACAUCCAAGACUUAUUCGUAAUCACAAAGAAAUAGAGACUAAUCAUCAUGAAAUACUUAAAGCUAUACAACAAAAUCGGGAAAGAGAGACUGAGUAUGCUGAAAGGGAAUAUGCCUUGGAAAUAGAAGCAGCGACAAAAGAAUUUGAAGAAGAAAAAUCAGAGUUGAAGAAAAAUAUUCGCGCCAAAUUUGAAGAGAAAAAAGCAAAUCUCAAGUCUGAACAUUUAAUAAAAGUGAACAUCAAUGAUGCUCUUGGCAAACGUCGAAAUCCAACACGCAAUCUUCGAAAUACUAGCCCCAGGCCAGUUAGGGAAACUAAAAAAAAACCUCCAUCGAAAAAAACUAGUAAAAUAGUACAUUUGUUGCCGAAGAAAGAAAUCCAAGAAGAUGUGAAGACAAUUGCUCAACCAGCGCCAUUAACACCAAGCAACAAACAAAACUGCGGACAAGUUAUGGGAAUGAAUGGCAGCCCCUCAAGAAAACUAUUGAACGAUGAUUCUUCUUCUGGCAACGAUGACGAUGACAAAGAAAAUACUAAGGAAAUAAGAAUUGAAGAUGGGAAAUUAUUUUAUCAACGUCAGUGGUAUCUUCGUGGCCAAGCAAUUUAUGUGGAAGGGAUAGAAGUUACCAAAUUUGAAGCAAUUAUCACAGCGAUUGCUGGGAAAAAUACCAUCAUAAAAUUGAAGAAAACAACAUUAACAACAAUGGAGUCUAUUCAACAAUUCGAAUUGAUUCUUAUGAGCAAGAUGGAGGCAACUCCAUACAAAUGCUCCAACACUGAAGAUAUUUCCUUAGGUGACGGCUUUGCUAAUGAUCUUUUUUUGAAAUCUGUGGAUGAAUUCACUGGCAUUGACUUCUUAGAAGAACUUGAUAAGGACGAGAAAAUGUAUCUCGAUGAAUUGCAGCAAAUCACCGAAAAGAUCGACUUACCACUUUACGAUUUUAUGAUUGGCAACGAUGUCACCUCAAAUUGCGACACUCCAAAAGUGUCGAAAACAGAGCAGUUAUUGAUGGAAUUUGAUUCUAUUUACGAUGCUGUGGAGUUGGAUCAUCUGACACCACCACAAACACCUCCUGAAGAGAAACUUUUUUCAUCUGAACAGCAGCAACAUCAGUUUGGUCAAGACAUCAACAUUGAACAAGCGCAAUUCAUUUUUGAUUAUCAACCACAAAAUCAAUCGCAAAAUUCUCUUCAAGAUCAAUUUAUUUAUGUUCAAAACAGCAACAACGAUGUGCCGUCAGUGGAAAAUGAGAUUUCAAUUAUGUUCGAGAACAGCAAUGAAUCUAUUUUACCAUGUGAAGAUUCUAACUCGAAUCAAAUCAUUUUUGAUCCCGAGCCGAUCAUCUCAUCACCAGCUGACAUUCAACGUGAACUCGAAGUUGUUGAUGAAAUUAUUCAAGCUCAUUCUCGAACUCAAUCUGAUUAUGAUGAUGAUAAUUGUACUAUUUUAACAUCAUCAUCGUGGUCACCACGAAGUGAAUCGUCAACAUCAUCUUACUUCGAUGACAUUGAGGCAUCAAAGAAAACAACCAAACUGAGCGGCAUUUCAAAGAAACGAACUCGUCCUUAUGGUCGAAAUCCAGAAGAGAAGAAAUCAAGAAAAAAGGAGCAGAACAAAAACGCUGCUACACGUUAUCGUCAGAAGAAGAAAGAGGAAGUUCAUGUGAUUCUUGGCGAAGAAAGAAUUUUAAUGGAUAAAAACAAGAAACUUAUGACAACAUUCAAGGACACUCAACGCGAAGUCAAAUAUUUGAAAAGUUUGUUGCGCGAACUCUUUCAGGCCCGUGGAUUUAUUCAAAAGAAAAUAUUAACUUACGCAUUCUCAAGUGUUUUCAAAAUGUGGUUAAAGCGAAAAUGCGUAUGGCUGUCAAUUAUUACCGCUUUUUCGAUGGCACGUGGUGAUGACAUGAAAGCAGAUAAGCAGAGUAAUCAACAUCAUGGUAAGCGUUCACCUCAACAUUUGGAGCCUAUUAAUAUAAUGGAUUCAUUUCAAAAUUUGAUUGAAAAUUCUCCUUUCAAAGCUAAACAAAAUGAAAAUUCUAAAGCUGCUGAUGACAUACAAUCACUUCGAGAUUUGAUUCAAAAGUCAUCACAUCUUCCUGAAGUAUCACGAGAUGUUUCAGACAAAGCUUUAAAUGAAGUCGAAUCGCUGAGAGAUCGUUUAGAUGACUUUGAACGUCCAACAAAACUUUUAAGCAGACUUGAAAACAUUCUCAAAGAAGCUCCAGUGGGUGAAGAUUCUGAAUUGGCGCAAGCAAUUGAAGAUCCAAUGAUAAAUGUCAUUGAUAGUGAAAUAUCUGAAUUUAUCAAGACAAACAGAUCCAAAUCAAAGCCACAUCGUAAAGGAUAUCAACCGAAUUUAGAUGAGGUUAAGCGAGUCUCAAUUAAGAAUCAAAAAACGAAGGAAACUCGAAAUUUGUAUCGCGAACACCUCGAAGUGACAUCAAUUCAUGAAGAAGAACAUUUCGAAUUUGGUGUGGGUGUUGAAGAAUGGAAAGUCAUUCGAUCUCAAAUCAAUCAAACAGCAAUAAUUGGAAGAUCAUCGACUAAUGUUGUGUUGAUUGUUGGACAUGGCGACACAUACGAAUUAAUCAAAACAAUUGACUAUGAUGUGGUAGCAGAAGACUCAUUGAGAAUUGCUACACUCAAGAUUUGGGAUGAUAACCAAAAUCGUGUUAGAUAUUUGGCUUUAGUCACGUUCAAAGGACAACUUCUAUGGUACGAAUUGAUUGAAGAUGAUCUCGUCGAAAUUCAGCUAUGGAAUCUUUUGAAAGAAAUUGUUUCGCUUUGUCAUUUCACUCACGAUGAUAGUGAAAUUCUUCUUGUGACAACAAUUGAUGAAGCUGGUAAAGUUCAUGCUGAAUUCAUCGAAUUUAGUGUGCCAGAUAACGAGUUUUGGGUGAUUCAGGCAUUUCCACUUGAUGCUCGACCAGAUAGCGUCGCAACACUUCCAAUGAGUCGAGAAGUUAUCAUUGCAUUUGUUGUCAACAACAAUGUUCUUAUCUAUGAACACGAAUUCUCGAAACAUUUACGUGGAAGGUUCAUUUUAACGAACACAAUUCAAGGUAGCAACGUCAGUGCAGUUUCUGGUUUUCGUAUUGGUGGGAAUUCCUAUUUGGCUAUUGGUGGCGAUCAACCUCAAAUUCUUCGCUAUUCUGACAACGAUUUUCUCCCUUUAACCAUCCUGGGACAAUCCUUCGAUCCUUUAGCGAAGGAAUUUGAACAUGCAAAGAAAUCAAUUGAAUUGAUCAAUGACAUGUUGGAUUAUGAAGAAGAUGUUAAAGAAGAGAUCGAUGAAGUUUUAAAGGAUUCCAUAAAUCCUAAAAAUGAUUUUCAUUUCGAGAAUCUUCAUCAUAUUGAAGAGUUGGAAGCAGAAAUUCUCGAAUUUGAUGGGAAUGUUGAGUUAGCCAAAGAUGUCAUCGAGUUUCUUGAUGUUUCAUGGACACUCGAAGAUUUCUUAGUUAAUCUUGAUGAAAUCGAAGCGACAAUAACUGCAGAUGAGAUAAAAUUGAAGAUGAUUGAUGAUGAGAUUAAUAAAGUCAAUCGAAUUCAUCGACAAGCUGAGCAGUUUUCAAAAGAAGAUUCUCCAAUUAUUCGCCUUCCAUUCCCUUCAAAUGGCCAACCUGAUCCUUCAACUGUUCAUGUUCUUCCUCAAAGCCCACCAAGACCACGACGACAAAUCGAACCAAUUGAAGAAUCGACAGUCUCGUCAUUAACAGUGAAGAAUUUACAAGUGCAGAUGAUUAAUGGAGUGCCAGUCGAUGAUUUUCUAUUUGUUGAUGCAAAUGGUCAACUCAUCUUACCAGAAGCCAACAUCACCUUCCUUGAUUCCGUUGAAGUUGACAAUGCGAAUGUAUUUAAAGAUGGACGAGUCAACAACAUCGAUUUCAGUAAUGACGUCAUCACUGUCGAGUCAUUAAACUCAAGACGAAACUUGCAUUUCAAAGACAUUAUGGUGCAAAAUCUUGAAGUUGGAACUCUCAACGAUCUUCCAGUCGAUCUCGAAUCAUUGGAGAAAAUUGAUCUCGUUACCGACACGCCAGUUUCAUUUGCAGCUGAAAGUGUCGUGAUCAAAGAUAAUUUAAAUGUUGAGACAAUCAAUGGAAUAGCUUGGAAUGAUUACAUCUCAAAACUUGUACCAAAGCACAAAGAUUCGACAGUUGAUUCGAUUAUAGUCGAUGGCGAUGUUGUUGUGAUUGGUGAAAGUGGACAAUUGAAUGUAAAUUAUUUAAAUGAACUUCCAUUCCCUGAUGAAUUUGUGUUGAAAGAUGGACCAAGAGAAACUGUCAUCACUGGAAGGAAAACUUUUAAAGGUGAAUUAUUGACAACAGCCGUCGAUACUGAUGGAACAAUCAAUGGAAUCGUCCCAUCUGACAUGAUAACUUUAGAUCAAGAUCAAGUCAUUCAUGCUGACACAACAUUCAAUGAAGUUGAAGUGAUAAAGAAAUUGGAAGUCAAUGGAACCAUCGCUGGACGUCAACUUCAAGAAUUUCUUCCAAAUCCAACACUUGUUGAUGUGAAAGUGAUCGACGCUGCUUGCAGUUUCCGUGAGUUGAUUGUCGAAGGAGUUGUGAAGAUUGAAAAUUCAUUAGACGGUCAAAAUUUAAUGAAAGUUCUUCAGGACGUUGUGUAUGAAUCGCCAGACGGUUCUGAUGUCUUUAUCAAUGCCUCGAAAACAUUUAGAAAUCUUGAAGUUGUUGGAGAUAUUAACAUUGUGAGUAACUUUAUUAAUGACAUAAAUCUCGACGAGAUUCUAAUGACUGAUCGUGAUCAAGUUGUGACAUUUAACAAGUUGAACGGUCACGUUUAUAUCUCAAAUCUUAUCGUUGAUGGAUUAUUUGAUGGCGUUAAUGUCACUGAACUUGAACUCAACAGCAUAAGAACAUUUGGUGAUCAGUUCAUUGAAUCGCCUUUGAUUAUUAGCAAAGGAAAUCUAGUCGAAGGUUCAUCAAUUGAGAUUAAAGAGUCAUUGAAUGGCGUUUCGGUUGGUGAUUAUCUUUAUGUAGACGAACCAAUUGAUCUCACAUUUAUGGACGAAACUUCGUUCGAUGACUUAAGAGUUGGAAAUUUGAAAGUGGAUGGUGACGUGGUUGGUUCGGGAUCGCUUGUCAACUUCAACAUCUCUGACAUUUCCAGGAAUUAUUUGAGUAAAAGUUUACCGCAGAAGAUUCUCGCACCAACUAGAAUCCAAUCAUUGACAACCAGUGAAACAUUCCAAGCCAAAACAAUCAACGGAAUGGACUUUGAAGUCUUCAAAAAUUACAUGCUUGGGAUUAAGAACUUUAAAACUUCGCUACUGUCUGGUGAACAGACGUUGGACAAUUUAAUUGUCAAUGGAAAUAUUUUUGUUAAGAAAAUUAAUGGUGAAGACUUUAAUAAUCUUGUUGACAACGUCAUUUGGUUGAAUCGUCCAAAUAACAUCGAUGGACAUUUAAGAUUUCAUGACGAAGUCACUGUCGAUGGUUCGAUGAUUAUUCAAGGAAAUCUCAAUGGAAAAUCUUUCAAAGAAUUCACUGAGAAUUGGAUUUCAAAUAAGGACGAAUCAAUUGUGCUUCAUUCAAAUGUUGCUUUCCAGAAAGAUGUCAUCGUUGAAGAAAACUUGCAAACUGAUUCCAUCAACAACAUAAAGUUUGACAACAUUUUCUUCUCAUCUGACAUUGUGAACGUUCCUCAAUUAAUUGUCGAUGGAAAUGUCUUGGUCGAUGACCUAAACGUUGUUGAAUCAUUCAAUCAACAGAAAAUGAAGGAAAUAGAAGACUUGUAUUCAUACGACAUAGCAACAGACACUCAUAUCGUUCAUUCUGACGUUCAUUUCAAUCAACCUGUUCAAACAUUGUCGUUGAAGACUCCAUUCAUCAAUAAUUUGAAUGUUUCGUUAUGGCUUUCGAAUCUUAUAAGACUUGAUGAAAGUCAAGUUUAUAUCACAGGCCCGAAGAUCUUCAAUGGCCCAAUUAUCGCUCAGCAAGGUUUCUACAGUGAGGUGAUCAAUGGAAUCAACUUGAAGUUCUUGGAUCAUGUCAUUCUGACGAACAAUCAAGCGAUGGUUCAAAUCAAUGGAAAUUUGCAGUUUAACGAUGAAGUUUAUGCACAAAUUGUUGCUUUGAAGAAUGAUUUGAUUACUGAUUUCAUAUCAAAUUGUGAUCCUAAGGAGUGGCUUCGUAACAGUCUUCCAAUCGAUAGAAAUGUUGUUUUGAAUGGUGUUUUACGAAUAAAAGCUGAAGCUUUGAAUUCUGAUAUUCCACAUGCUGAUUACAUCAACAACAUUCCAUUCAGUCAUUUCUUUACACUCGCAACUAAUCAAACAUUCGAUGAUGAAAUUAAAGUUUUUGGAUCUGUCAAUGUUGUUGGGCCUUUGAUUGUUCAUGGGAAAGUUAAUGGAUAUGAUUUGCGACAUGAACGUGACAAUACUGUGAUGCGAAAUGAAAAGCAUCAAGAAAUAAAAGUCAAAACUUCAUUCGCUGGUGCAAAUGUUUUGGAAUCGAUGAAUACAAUGGGAAAAAUUAAUUCGAAAGAUCUUCGACAUGUUGCAUUAUUGAAUUCGUCAGUUUUUAUUAAAUCUGCAGCGAGUUUGAAAAGUCUUGAAGCGUCUUCACUUUACACUGAUGACUUGAUUAGCGGGAUAAACUUCAAUAAAUGGUACGACAAUGUGUUGUGGGUAAAUGGUCGUCAAGAACAAACGAUUCAUGGUGAAUGGAGAGUUAAAAAGCUUCGUUUCUCGGAUGAUGUUGUCGGCAAUGGACUUAUCAAUAACAUGUCGAUCAAUCACGUUGAAAGUAACCUAAGACAAAGCUUGAGCUCUAUCGACGCAGCAAUCACCAAUCACACAUCACAAUUUGAGGAACUUUGCAAUAAACUCAGUGCAAAAGCAAACGACACUCAACAUUCGAUUCAUUUCUUGAAACACUUCGAAAUGGAUUUCAAAAUCAAAGAAUCUGACGACAUUUUUUCUUAUUUCACAUUUGAAACUUCUUCACUUCAUCACAUUUUGAUUGUGAAUACAAAUUGUACGAGUCACGUUUAUAAAUGGGACAAAGCGAGUGAAAGAUUUAAGAAAGUUCAGAAAGUUGUCACUGGUGUUGUCUACAAUUGGGAGAAAGUGAAGAACAACAACGACGAUGAACUUUUCAUCAUCACAAAUUCAAGAAUGGAAGCGAACAUUCCAUGUCAAUUUGGUGGAAUUAAUGUUUGGAAGAUGAACGAUAAUCAAAUGUUUCAUGUGAGUACAAUAAGAAAAGGUGCGGAUGUUAAUGAAAUUCAUGUCACAAAUCAACUUCCUGGACGAUUCUUUGCACUCGAUAACUUGGAUGUUGUCACUCAUUACGAUAUUCUUGGUGAAAAGAAAGAAUUCUGGCAGUUACCCAAUAAAGAACAUUUCAAUUACACUUUCCUUCCAUCGAAAGUUUCACAUGACGUCACUUUAUAUAAUGGACGAAAACUUUUCGUUCUUGAAUCAAAGUUUAAGAAAAGAUCGACAAGAUUCUUGUGGCAAGAUAAAGUCGAGAUGAAUAAAGGAAAGUCACGUCCAAACGAUAAAACGGGUUACAACAUUCGAGUGCCUGACACAGGAAGGAAGAAUUAUUUGCCAUCAAUUCCAUCAAAGCCUUUAACUCCAGUCGUUGGUGAAACACGCAAAAGUUUUGUCUCGAAAUGUAAAGAAGUUGGUGAAGCUCUUCGCAAAAGUAUCAGAGAUACAUUCGGCAAUGUACCCAAACUUAAAGUUAAAAAUGCUAACACAAAAUCAGCUGAAAAUGAAGAGUUAGAAACGGAAUCGAAAGACCAGCAAGGCAUUGGCGGCUUCCUUCAGGAUGUUAAAGAAAUUGGGAAAGCGAUGAAAUUUUUCCUGACAGUGCCACCUGGUGUUAAGUUUGCUAAUGACAAAGAUGAGAAAUCGACCGAGAACAAAAGUAAGGAAAGUUCUCUCAAAAAAGAAAACAAAGAAACUGAACAGGUGACAAUUUCAUCAACUUUGUCGUAUGACUCAUCAACUUCAGAGUUUUCGGAAAAUGAUAAUUCAGAAUCAGUAACUUCUGCGGAUGCAAAGGAAAACGUUCAAGAAACUUCAACUGUUACAACAUCUAAAGAUACUGAAAGUACUGAAAAAUUAGAAGAAGAAAUUGACACGAAAGUUAAUCAAAAAUCAGAAGAAAAUGAUGAAUUGGCAGAUGAUGGGAAUGAAAUUGAAGAUUCUGAUGAUUUAUCACGUGGCGAUGUUCUACCGGAAGUUGAAAGUUCAAAUCAUGAUGAAGAAAGCAUUGAAGUCACUCCAAGAAUCAUUUUGCCUGAAGGUCAAGAACAUUCAUCGACAGAUUCAAAUUCAUCAACAAAGUUGCAAGAUGAAACUAAAGUUGAAGCGGAGCAGGAAGUUCCACAUAAGAUUUUAAAUGGAAUUGAAACUGAUGAUUCUCAAACUGCAACAACAGAUUCAACUUCACCAACAGAAGAAUUGCCAGAUGAAGUUAAAGCAGAGCAAGAAGUUCCACAUAAGAUUUUAAGUGGAAGUGGAAUUAUCGAAGCUGAAAAUUCAUAUUUCCCUGAACAUGGAUCUGGAGAGUUUAUAAUGAUGCAUGUUGGUCCACGAUAUCAAAGACGACCUUUGUAUGCUGUAACAAGAACAAGAGAUUCAACAAUCAAAGGAAAUCACAACUUAAUUGAGAUUUACAAUGACAUAUUUGAGGGAUCGAUUUAUCAAUACAUCCACUGCACAGAACCCUCGAAUUUAGUAUCAAUUGAAUUCCACGAUGAAACACUUCUUGUGUUCCUUGAAAGUCGAAUUGAGAUUCAAGCUUACAUUUAUCGAGGAAUUCAAGGUUUUGUGCCAUUUAAACGAGUCAAACUUCCGUCUUUUGCUGCACAAAUGACGUCAUUGACACUUCCACCAAAGAUUGAAUACAAAUGUGAUCAUCAUUACUUAAUUGUAAGAAUUGAAAAUCAGUUAGUUUUCUAUGAUGUCAAAACAGCUGGAAAUUGUGGAUUACGACACGUAAAAUGUACUGAAAAAUAAUUAAAUUUGUUUCUCAAUAAUUCUAUUGUAUCUAUUUAUGUACAUGCUUAAAUAUUAUGAAAUGUUUCAUAUAACAACAAAAACUUAUUGUCAAAAUUCUUAAAUGUAAUUUAAUGUUUUGAAUAAAAUUUUCUCUCGUUUAGAAUAGA